AUGGGCAGCUCGCAGCGACUAGCCGCUGUUGCGGCAGUCUCUCACGCAAAACAUUAUUAUAACCACACUCAACCCAGCGUUGUUCAUACUGAGUCCACACAUUAUAACAUCAAUAUUUUCUUUGUAAGUGCUACGCUGUGUGGUGUACUCGUAGCGGUGUGUGCCGCAUGUUGCCGUAGACCCAGAUCUACGGAUAAGCCAGAGGAAGUGACAGAAUGCCGAGGAAUUUACACUGUUAGUGGAGAUGCACGAUUGAAUCAGGAAUUCUACGAAAAGAGGCUCAGGCAUACGAUCCACCAGAGGAUGCCUUUAUUAGUAAGACAUAUCUUUGAACUGACACGGGUUCCAUCCACUUCCAUCAAUCAACCUUUGGGCCGUUACAACACAUCAGAAGCAUACGAACCAAAUCUCUAG